AAAGAGAGAGAGGGAGAGGGAGGGAGGGAGGGCGGCAAUGGCGGCUCCUGGGAAGUGCUUGCUGGUCACAGGUCCUCCUGGCGUGGGGAAGACGACGCUGAUAACGAGAGUCUUCGAGUCGCUCAGAGCCUCGAACCCUGGUUUGAAAGUCCAGGGUUUCUAUACCCGUGAGAUAAGACAAGGAGGAGACAGAGUUGGCUUCGAGGUGGUGACCUUGGAUGGCCGUACUGGUCCCCUCGCCUCUUCCACCAUUUCCACCUCAGAUUCUCUCAGAUGGCCAACCGUUGGGAGGUACAAAGUAGAUAUAGCUUCGUUCGAGUCACUUGCUUUACCCGUGUUGCAGGUCAAGGAAGAUACCGAUCUCUUCAUCAUUGAUGAAGUUGGUAAGAUGGAGCUAUACAGCUCAUCAUUUUUCCCAGCUGUCCUGAAGGUUCUCCAGUCCAAUGUCCUGCUUUUGGCAUCCAUUCCCAUUCCAAAAAACGGUCGCGAUAUACCCGGAGUUGCGCGGUUGAGGAAUCAUCCGGGAGCGGAAGUUCUCACUCUGAGCACCAGUAACAGAGAUGCUGUUAGAGAACAGAUAUAUUCCAAGCUACUCGACUUACUCCCCAAGCAAUAGGGUAAGCACAAGUUUGGGGUUUCAACCCUCGUUUGGAAUAUCAACUUGCCUUGCGUCGUGCUGACAAAUGACAAUUGUCCAUUAGUCUCGAACUGGUUCGAUUUUCGUCUCAUCAUUGAAAAAGCGGUGUGUUUGUGCUGUAUAAGGUAAUCCACAAGAAAUCUGACAAUCAGUUGAGUUAGUCUAUGAAUGUUGGGAUUUUGUUUUCUUCCCAGAACACGUAGUUUUUGAGCAGUUACUUUGUUAGACGUCGAUCCCUGAUGGAAAGUACAAAACGAUCUACAUUUAUUGUAGUCACAUGGAAAGUUUCUAGAUGUCGAUAUACCAUGACAUUGUAGAAGUUAGUGGUCAUUAUGCAACCAAGCAGCUUUGUCUAAACGACAGGUAAACGAUAUCCUUGAUGGUA